CUACCGUAUUUGAUUGAUGGUGAUGUUAAAUUGACCCAAUCCAGCGCAAUCCUCGAGUACAUUGCUGACAAGCACAGAAUGAUUCCGGCUUGUCCUAAGAUGCGUGCAGAAUUGCAUAUGCUCCAAGAAGAAAUCAAGGACCUCAGACUUAAUUUCGCUAGGAUGUGCUAUAGUCCUGAUUUCGAGAAGUUGAAGCCUGAGUUCCUGGAAAAACUGCCUCCGAAACUGGGAGACUUGGAGAAGUACUUGGGAGGAAAACAGUGGUUGACUGGAGACAAGAUCAACUACCCAGACUUCGCACUUUGUGAAUUGUUGAACCAACUGGUCAAGUUUGAGCCUGCGUGUCUGGACAAGUACCCGAAGCUGAAGGCGUACCUUGAGCGCUUUGAGAGCUUGCAGAACCUCAAGGAGUACAUGGCGUCGAGUGAAUUCAAAUCGUGCUGCUGCAACGGUGUUUCGGCCAAAUGGCGUGGUGACAAUUAA